AUGCUGCUCAGAGGAUUACGAGCCUGUGCUGAACGUGCCUUGAAGCUGUGUAUGACAAACUUGGAUCGAAUUUCGAAGACUACCAAGGAACUGUUGGAAAGAAGCAGGACUUUGAUGCUUGAUCCGAAUGCAUCGCACAUUGAGCGGUUAGUAGCAAACACUAGCUGCAGAAAAGCGUUGCAGGAGGAUCUUUUGAGGUACAGGCAGAAGAAGAUUCUGGAAGCAGCACAAAGAAGAACGAGUCUAAAGAAGUGCCGCAGGGAUCUCCGCGAAUAUAAUAUUCCGCUAGCAACCUUGCUGAGCGAAGACAGGACUCGCACGUCUUCUCGUCGUGAGAUGGAAAUAAUUACGAAGAGGCUCUACUCGAAUCCUUUCCGUUCAUCAACUCCUAUGUCAAGCCCGACUAUCCCCACUGGUGGAGCUCCACGACGGAUUCUCCUUUCAGAAGUACGAGUCGCUAUCAAGAGCAUGAAACCCAGCUCCCGGACCUGA